AAUACAGUUGUGAAUAUGGCUCGCUCAAGUUUUAUGCUCUCUGUGGCGUUGGUGGGGUCCUAAGUUGUGGCCUGACGCACACUGCUGUUGUACCUCUGGAUUUAGUGAAAUGUCGUAUGCAGGUUGAUCCACAAAAAUACAAGAGCAUCUUCAAUGGAUUUUCAGUGACAGUCAAAGAAGAUGGUGUUCGUGGCUUGGCUAAGGGAUGGGCUCCAACCUUUAUUGGCUAUUCCAUGCAGGGGCUUUGUAAAUUUGGUUUCUAUGAAGUUUUCAAAAUCCUAUAUGGCAACAUGCUGGGAGAGGAAAAUGCGUAUUUGUGGCGUACUUCGCUAUAUUUAGCUGCAUCUGCCAGUGCGGAGUUUUUUGCUGACAUUGCUCUGGCUCCAAUGGAAGCUGCUAAAGUUCGUAUUCAGACACAGCCUGGAUAUGCUAACACUCUGCGGCAGGCUGUACCUAAAAUGUUUGGAGAAGAAGGCAUCUGGGCUUUCUAUAAAGGUGUUGCUCCUCUAUGGAUGAGACAGAUUCCGUACACAAUGAUGAAAUUUGCCUGCUUUGAACGUACUGUUGAAGCUCUCUACAAGUACGUCGUUCCCAAGCCACGAAGUGAAUGUACAAAAGGAGAACAGCUGGUAGUCACAUUUGUUGCGGGCUAUAUUGCUGGUGUGUUCUGUGCAAUUGUUUCCCAUCCUGCUGACUCCGUCGUGUCUGUGUUGAACAAAGAAAAGGGCAGUUCUGCUUCACAGGUUCUUAUGAGGCUUGGAUUCAAAGGUGUAUGGAAAGGUCUGUUUGCUCGUAUCAUUAUGAUUGGUACCCUGACUGCACUACAGUGGUUCAUCUAUGAUUCUGUGAAGGUUUAUUUCAGACUUCCUCGUCCACCUCCACCUGAAAUGCCAGAAUCUCUGAAGAAGAAGCUUGGUCUAACUGAAUAGACGACUCAUGGACUGACUGUGCUGGCUGUCCCAGUGAUGAGUUUCAUGAAACUUUUAUAUAUUUGACUAUGUAGAAAACAAACUCUAUAUGAUGUCGUUAUUGGCUGUGCCCUCAUGAGGGUUUAAAUCCCACAUGAGGGUUUAAAUUCUACCGCUGUCAUUGCCUGAAAUAAAUGAGAAACAGAGUGCU